UUCCAAUACAACCAUGAGCUUUGCGUCGUACCACGACAACAUUGAGCUGGGCGACACUGUCAUUCUCUACUUGAGCCCAACAGAGCUCGAGGCAAUCACGAUCAAGCGCGGCGGCGUCGAACGCAACAAGUUUGGCGACUUCCCUCAUGCGAACAUGAUUGGCAAGCCAUUCGGCUCAAAGAUCUAUGCAAUGAACAAGCGAUCGUGGAUUAUGGCGCUGUACCCAACCCCCGAGCUGUGGACCCGAGCUCUGCCGCAUCGCACGCAAAUCAUCUACUCGACGGACAUCAGCCUCGUUGCCAUGUACCUCAACCUGAAGCCAGGCUCUGUUGUCAUUGAGAGCGGCACUGGAAGCGCCUCGCUGUCCCACGCCAUCAUCCGGACAGUGGCGCCCACGGGGCAUUUGCACACCUUUGAGUACCACGAGCAGCGCGCUCAGCUGGCAAGGCAAGACUUCGAAGCACAUGGUCUUAGCCAUCUUGUCACUGUUCGUUGCCGCGAUGCGUGCAAGGAAGGCUUUGGACUGGAGCGUGUCGCAGAUGCCGUGUUCUUGGAUUUGCCCUCGCCGUGGGACGCUGUUGAAUCUGCUACGCGAGCUCUGAAGGGUCCUGGCGCCAAGCUGUGCUCUUUCAGCCCGUGUCUUGAGCAAGUCCAGAAAACCUGCACAAGGCUGCGAGCUCUGGGCUACCAAGACAUUAUCACCUAUGUUGGCUUGAUCCGUCACCUCUCCUUCUCGCACACCAAGAUGCAAAACUUUGUCAUUCGGCCAAACCCUAAGGGCACUAAUAGCAACAAGCGGACGGCCGAACAAUCAGAGGCCACUGAUGGAGACGCCCAGAGCGUGCAGCCUUCCGCCAAGCGGGAGAACAUUGAAGCAGAGGACGAGGAAACGCAAGCCAGCGAGACCGCUGUGGUUGGCAAUCCAGGCGUCAAGUGGGCUCCUAUUGAGUUUGCCACCGAGUUUAUGACUGGGCGCCCGGCGCCCUCCGUCAGACAUGCAAGGCCACACGGGAUAUUUGACCUUUGCGACACGCCAAUGCUGAGCUAUUGUUUUCGUGGUGAUGGUUUGAUUGUUCAAAAUGAUCAAUAGUUUAAUUCGAAGCAUCUACAAGAG